AUGCUGCGACUUGCUAUUCUGCUUCUUCUCAUAUCUUCAUGUAUGGCGUUACUGGGCUUCCUCGGAAGAGAACAAUCGGUAGCUGUUACUGGACGACUCAUUUGUGAAGGAAGACCGGCGUACGAUGUUAAGGUGAAACUGUACGAUAAGGAAGUCGUGCUCGAUAGCAAGCUGGGCCAAACUCGCACGAACAGGAAUGGUGAGUUCAGGGUGUCAGGACACAAGAGAGAAUUCAGCACCAUUGAUCCGAAAGUGAACAUUUACCACAAGUGCAACUAUCGUGGAGUGAGUUUUCGAUAUCCUUAUGGUUCCAUAUCGAUUCGCCCACUGGGUAAUAACUUUUCACUGUAG